UUUUUUUUUUUUCUUUUUCUUUUUUUUCCUCUCCUUCGUUCUUUCACUGUUGCUUGCUUUUGACGUUCGCUGGUUUUGCUGGGUUUUUUUUCCUUGCAUCCAUCAUAAUCACACGAAUGCUGCCUCAGCGUGGGUGGACUGUCGCCACGCCGGCUCCUCUGCUGAUGCUGCUGCUGGCCGUCCUUACACUUGUGUCACUCUCCGCUCCAGUUCACGGCGUGAAUCUAAAGUACCUCUUCUUCUUUGACCGCGGAACGUUCGAUCCUGAUCGAGUUUCCUCAACGACGACCGACAGCUACAUGUAUUUGGAACGAUCAGACGGCGGAUCCUACCAAGCACGCACAGUUUUCGGCACCUUGACACCUCAAUGGUCAGACGACUACCUUGUAACAUUGCCGAAUGAUAUCAGCGUUGAUAUUUCCAUGUGGCUUAACGUGUUUGGCUCGGAUAUUCGCUUCGGAACAUACAAGACGAUCAAUUUGGCAACCCUUACGAACCAGAACACCUUCUACUAUUUCAAUUCUACUCAAUUCACCAACUAUUGGUAUGCCUUCUCCGUCAUGGUCCUUCCGACAAACACGGCUUCCCGUCUGGCCGAUUGCAGCUCUUCUUCCACGUUGACUGCGACUCAAGGAUUCAUUCGCGAUGGCAAUUCUAUCUAUGACAUUAAUGCGGAUUGCAAUUUUAAUGUGCAAGUUGCAUCCGCUGUUUCAUACACGCUCACCUUCUACAGCUUCGCGACCGAACCCCGCUACGAUGUUCUCAAGUUCUUCAACUCGGCCAAUCAACUUGUUGGGUCUUUCAACGGAUCGCUGCCUGUUCCGUUCGAUUUCACGAUCGUUGGCAACAAGUUUAGCGCCGAGUUCACUUCAGACGACACCAACGUCGACUAUGGCUUUCUCAUCAUGUACACUGCCAACUUUUUCAGCACAUCGUCAAGCGCGACUCCGUCAAGCGCGACUCCUUCAUCAACAAGGUCAAGCGCGACUCCUUCAUCGACAAGAUCAAGCAUGACUCCUACAUCAACGCCGUCAAGUGCAACACCGUCCUCGACCGGAGAGGCGUCUACCGCUGCUGAUUCGUCGACGCCGGUUGCUCCGCUUGCGUCUACCACGAACGAACCUGCCAUUUCCAGCACGUUGGUGCCAUCCGAAAUCUCUUCAUCCGCCGACCUCUCGUCGUCUGCAGCAUUGAGCUCAACUGUCCAGACAUCUUCUGUCCACUCAUCCAUUCCCUCGAGCCGUACACCGGCGGCAUCCACCCAUUCGCCUCCGCCCUCCUCCGCUCCAGUCGUAUCGUCGUCUACCCCGUCGCACCAGUCGGCGGGAGCUCCUCUGGGCGGUAGCGGCGGCUCCAGCUUCCCGGUUGCCGCUGUGGCUGGCGGUGUGGCCGGCGGGCUUGUCCUCCUGCUGGUGAUUGUCUUGGUGUGUCGGCGUCGAGGACAGUCCAGCCCCCGGUACAAACCAAGGGUGUCCACUGCUCCCGAGAUUGAGCCAACCACGCGCAUGUCGUGGCUGUUCAAGCGGGGCGGUCGCGAAACUCGUCACGGCAACAGCACCGACAUGACGAUGAAUGCAUUGGGCAACAGCGACGGCGUUUAUGCGGCUGUCGGUUCAUCGCGGCACGAUUUGCUGCGCACGGAUAAUGACGACUCGACUCAAUACUCGGACGUGACGACCGUCAAAUCGAGUCGCCCUUCAAGCAAUGAGACGACGUAUGCGACCGCCACAUCACGCGGUCCGCGCGACUCCAAGGCAAGCGGCAAGCCCGAUGUGAAUUACGCCGCAAUCGAGUUUGGGGGUGUUUACGACACUCCCAUCACCCGCGCCUCGAACGCGUGAUUGUGAUUUUUCCUUUGUCCAAUUGUCCAAUUUGACGAUUGUGAUGCUGUAUUUUCUGUCAUGUUCUGCUUCCAUCUUACCCCCGCGCUCAGACGCCCGUUUUCUGUAUUACUCCUGUUGUUUUGUGUGUUGCUCCUUCGUUCCGUUCCGUGUAUCAUCACUUUGCUGUUUGUUGUUUGUCACUCUCUGUACGUCAACAUUUGACUACACACUGCUCAGCGGUCGGUUUGACUCCAUGAUCCACAAUGUACAGUACUGCAUUGCGCGGCUCUACGUGGUGAAUAGCGAAUUUUGUUCAAUG